CAGUAUUCUUCCAAUUAAAAAACUUCUCCUCCGAGGUCUUCUCCUUCCAUUGUCCCCCAAAAAAAAUCUACCAACAAAAAGCGGAAAAGUAUAUUUUUGGAUCUUUCUAUCAUCAAAUUGCAGACUUUUCUCUAUCUCCCCCCCAAAUCUUUGUUCGUCGAUCCAAAUUUCCCAACAAAAACACCAGAACGGAUCAAGAUCUGUGGCCAAACCAAAAAAAAAAGAAGAUCCAAAUCGCCUUUCCCAAAUCCCAACAGCCUUUCAUCUAAAUUUAUUCCCCGAUAGCCCAAUGCGUCAUCCCCUCAUGAUCCCCUGACCUAUGGCUUCCACUUACUCCCCCCUCCCCAUCGCUUCUUCCACCAUCGAACUCCAAUCCCACCAAACCCCGACCCCCGAAAGGAUUCCCACCGUAGACUUCUUCAUCGAAGAAGAAGACGGCGAUGACUUCGACGAAUUCGACGACCUCCCCCUCAUUCUCGACACCGGCUCCGGCGCCGCCUCCGCCGGGUCCGGCAUCCCCAGCGCUGUCUUCAAUCUCGCCACGUCGAUCAUCGGCGCCGGGAUCAUGGCCCUCCCGGCCACCAUGAAGGUCCUCGGCGUCGCGGUCGGCUUUGCUUCUAUAAUCUUGAUGGGGAUCCUGUCAGAGAUCAGCAUCGAGCUUCUCGUCCGCUUCUCGGCCUGCUGCAAGGCCGCCUCCUAUGGCGAAGCCGUCCAAGCUGCCCUCGGCCGCCCCUCCCGGAUUGCCUCCGAGAUCUGCAUAAUUGUCAACAAUGCUGGGAUUCUUGUCGUCUAUCUGAUCAUCAUAGGGGAUGUGAUGUCGGGCUUCUCCGACCAUGUCGGCGUCUUCGACCAAUUUCUCGGGAAUGGACCCUGGGAUCACCGGAAGCUCGUGAUCCUUGUAGUGUUGGUAAUCUUUUUAGCUCCUCUCUGUGCUCUUGAGAAGAUUGAUUCUUUGAGCUUGUCCUCGGCCGCCUCUGUUGCUCUUGCCAUCGUCUUUGUCGCCGUAUCGUGUAUAAUUGCCAUCGUUAAGCUUGCCGAAGGCCGUAUCGAGACGCCGAGGAUGGGGCCGGAUCUCGGGUCGAAAGCUGCGAUCUUGGACUUGCUGGUGGUAAUUCCGAUCAUGACAAAUGCCUACGCUUGCCACUUCAAUGUGCAGCCCAUCUACAAUGAGCUCAAGGGGAGGACGCCUCACAAGAUGAAUAGGGUGGGGAGAAUCACUAUGGUUUUGUGUGUUGCUGUCUAUGCUUCGACAGCCAUUUCAGGCUAUCUCCUGUUCGGAGACGAUACCGAAUCAGAUGUGCUGACGAAUUUCGACAAGGAUCUCGGGAUCAAGUUCAGUUCAGUUCUGAACUUUGUGGUGAGGAUUGGGUAUGUUCUUCACCUGGUGCUUGUUUUCCCUGUCAUUCAUUUUUCUCUGAGGCAAACAGUGGAUGCAUUGGUCUUCUCGGGAUCGGCUACUGAAAGUAGGAAGAAGAUGCUGACUUUGACUGCAGUGUUGUUGGGGAUUAUAUAUCUUGGUUCCACCACUAUACCCAAUAUCUGGGUGGCCUUCAAGUUUACAGGUGCAACAACCGGGCUCUCGCUGGGGUUUAUAUUCCCCUCUCUGAUUGCCUUAAGAUUAGGUAAGCAAGGGAAGAAUUUGAGAUUGGGAGAAAAGUUCUUAUCAUGGAUGAUGUUAGUCUGGGCAGUAGUUUUUAGCAUUGUUGGAGUAAUUGGCAAUAUCUAUAGCCUUAGAAGCAGAUCAGAAUAGUCUUCAUGUAUAUAUGCUUUGGCUUUACGAGUGGGUACAUGAUAUGGAAAUUCAUUCAAGUUGUUUGGAUGUGCUGUGACUAGUGACCAUUUUUUCUGGUCCUUAAGUACGUGAAACAACAAUUUUGGUUAUUAUAUCUGAACAUAAUAUACUCAUUACUUUGAGUGGUGUUUCUUCAUGCAUCUACCAUGAGAGGCAAAGUAUGACAACUACCAUUGACUUGGAUGUAAGGGAAUAGCUUGAAGAGACAUGCAGUAUUAAAUUUAGGUGAUAUUAGCUUUCAAACUGAUGAAUUCAUACACAUUCGAAACUUCUUUUAAUGUUCUUGAGUUCAAUGUUCAUCACUGAAGAUUUGGAGAAGCAGCUGAAAGUGGUGUUGCCCUGUUGUUGAGCAGACAUGCUUCUAGAGUGGAUUGGGGCAUGUGCAUGUCCAAUGGAGGAAUGGAGGAAUCUAGACACUGAUCUAUUGGUUAAGCAUUAUAUUUUUCUGCAUCUUGGUCAUCACAUUGGUCGGUGGAUGACAUGUAAUAUCUUGGUGUGGCAUGGCAGAGAGUGCAUAUUGCUCCUAUAUGCUCGGAGAUCUGAGAUUCCCAGUGCUAUCCUGGAAUCAGUAGCAUCGCAAUUUCAUUAUUUAGGUGCUAUAUAUCCACAACAACCUGAAAUUUAAGUUUACCUCCCCCCUCCCAAUCUCUCUUCCCCCAGUUUUGCCCUUCUCUUGUUGUUUCUUAAGCUUUGUCUGUAGCAAGCAUGUUCGGAUAUGUUGUCAUCAGAUAGCAUGCAUAUCAGUGAAGCAUUUGUAAAAUAUAGGAUGAUUCAGGAUACACCCAGAACUAAUAAUUUUGGGAGGAGGAAUUAAUUUAUGUACCUCACCUGACAGGUGUCCCCUCCUUUUUGUUAGCCUGCUUAUAUAUAUAUAUGUAU